GUCAGCCAUAUUAGUCUUGAUGGCUUGUGCAUUCGUUGUUUAUCGGAGGUUUAUUUUUGUUUGUGUCCUGUGUGCAGUAGGAUUAUGUGACUGGCACUGACUUGUGAAAUAAUGGAUAUAUCCGCUUCAGGUUUGCACGACAGCCGUUGGAUCCUUUCUCAAUGGUACAAUUAGGAAUGGACAGGCUCAGGCUUGGGAGCUUCAGCAAGGGCGACCUAUUUCCUAAGAGAGAAGAGCCCCUUCCGUUCCACUCUGCUGAUGGCUACGACAGCCAGGGUGUGCCACUGGUUCAGAGGUGCCUGAUCGUUCGGCGGGACGAGAAGGGCUAUGGCCUCACCGUAUCUGGGGACAACCCCGUCUUUGUGCAAUCAGUCAAGCCAGACGGUGCCGCGGCCAGGGCUGGCGUCCACCAGGGGGACCGUAUCAUCAAGGUGAACGGCACCCUGGUCACCCAGUCAAAUCACCAGGACGUUGUGCAACUUAUCAAAUCUGGCGCACAUGUGGCCUUAACCCUCUUGGGACCACCCUUGGUGGAUCGAGGUGGCGGGGCCAACCACGCGGCACCUCCGACACCUUCACACACCCCGUCCGGACACCACAAUGUGACCCCCAAGGCUCACUCGGAAAGAAUCACAGGUCCAAAGCCGGUUGAUCCUGAGAAGCAGCAGGAGUGUACCAACAUCUCAUACCUGACCAUCAAGAAGAUGCUGGAGCAAGAACAGGCCUACCUAGAGCAAAUGAUGAUGGACUACAACAAGACAUCCUCGGAGAAGAACCAGGCAGAGAUGCAGAAUGCCAAGAAGCGCAUCGCCAGCCUGGAAAAGCAGCUACACAGCCGCAAGGGGUCGCACAAUGAGAAGUUGCCAGGUAUGCUCUCCUGUCUCCCUUUGAUUACUAAUUAUUCACAACACUUUCCUGCUUUAAACCUAGGGUCCACAUUCUCCUUCACCAGGUUUGGAUCGGUACGAAAGUACCCCCACCCCCACCACCAGCGGGGCUCCGGUCUUCCCAGCCCCUCCGGACGUCGAGGCACGGAGGGUUCAGAGGGCCUGAGGUCGCUCUCGUUCCACGUGUCUUCGGGCCAGCCCAAGGCCCAGCCCGUGCAUCACCAGGUAUCCGCUCCCCAGCUGGGCAAGGGGGACUGGGCCCACCACGGGCACGGCCGCAGAAGCGUCCCCGGCAAGGGCAGGCCGCUGGGAAGGUCCACAGAAGCCCGGUCGCAGCUGGGCAGCUCGGCCUCCCUGGAGAACCUCUCCCGGGCAUUGAUCGGCAACCCUGGGUCGACGCAGGGAGUCGUGCCGACGCACUCGCGGCAGCGGUCAAGCCCGGAUACCCUGCUGUACACAAUGGAGCCCAUGGACUACCCCGCCGAGGAGGAGCCUCCCCUGACCCCAUGCCAGGACGUGGGCAUGGGGCUGUUUGUGACGCAUUCCUCGUCCCCAGAAUUUGUGCCGCCCAAGGAGGGCCUGUUUGGCCAAGAAGAUGGCACCGAGGGAACUCCAAUGCUGGCAGCCCUGGGCUGGAACAUCGAAGAUCCGGCAGAGGACACUGAGGACGCCAACACUUCGGAGGAGGCACCCCCAGAGCUAGCAGAGCCACUCCAGGAAGCCUGCUUAGAGGCCAGUAGCCCCAUGGAGGGCCGGCCCCUCCCACCCAUCCCUGCCGACGCCCCCCUGGGCACCCUAACCGGCUCUAGUCAACAGUAUGGGACUCCCCCAGAAAGCCAGCCUCCUAUGAGCAGGGUGCCCAUUCAGCAGAUAAGCAUCAUCUCCAUGGACGACGACGAACGAACCUCAGACUCGGAAAUGUCGCAUCUGGGAGACAACGGCCCUUUCAACAACAUCUGGAAGCUGCUGCGGCACCCCGCUCACCUGGCCGUCUUUCUCAACUACCUGCUCUCCAACCAGAACGAUCCGUCCAGCCUGCUGUUCUUGAUCAUCACGAACCUGUACAAGCUGGGAACUGGCAAGGAAAUGAAGAAGUGGGCCUACGAGAUCACGUCCACCUUCCUCGUCCAGAGGGCCCCGCUGAGCAUCGCCAACAUUGACGACGUCAUCCUGAAAGAAAUUGACCAAGUGCUCCAGAACAGCCAGGAUCAUGACGAGGACCUGAAGGACGUCUUCCUCAAGGCCCGAGAGAAGGCCAUGGAGCAGCUCAAGAAGCUUCUCAUGGACUACCGCAACACCAGGACUAUACGCAUGCUGCCCACUGACAUUCCCAGCGACGCUGAACUGGACAUGUCCAUGAAGGACAAGAAUGCCGAGCUCAAGAUCGUCGAGUCUCUGCUGGUCACUGAACUGGAGACACUCGCGAAAGACGACCCCGACAGCCUGUCCGACUACAAGUCUGCACUUGCCUCUGCCUUGGCCACGGUGCUCCGGAGCUUUGGGGUGAAGACGCCUUCAUCAGUGGCCCUCAUUGAGCGGUUCCCUACCUUCGUAGCUAAGGAGAAGUCACGGCUCAAGUUCUUUCCACGCAACAAGAAGUUUGCCUUCCAGACAAUCAACACCAAGGGCCAUCACUUCCAGUCGCAGCAGUACCACUGCGUCACAUACUGCAAUCACUGCCAGCUCAUCAUCUGGGGAGUCGGGGACCAGGGAUACCAGUGCUCCAACUGCGAGAUGAACAUCCACAAGACAUGCGUGAAGGUGGUGGAGGAGCAGUGCAUCGGGUCCCUGCGCAACAAGAAGGCCAAGAAGAACCACCGCAUGUCCGGCCUGGGGCUCAUGGAGAACAUCAAGGGCAAGGCUGGCAGGAGGCCCCAGGGAGGCAGCCAGGGAUCGAGGCGGCCCGCGGAGGAGUGGAGCCUAGACUCCGGCAUUUCUAUGCACACCGAUCGUGCCGACUCUGAUAAGUACCUUGCCCGAGUUGAAAGGGAUCAUGGAGAUGAUUUUGACCAUCAGUCAGCAAUGCACCACCUGAACCAUGAUGCAGCGGAGCGAGGCCUACACUCCAAGAAGGGCGGCUCCAUCGGCCGUUCGGAGAGCUUCCGCCAGAGGAGAGAAACCCGGCCAUCCUAUCGGAAACGUAGUGACCCCAAUAUUCCAAGAUCAAAAAGUGAUGUGGAUGUGGACGACAAGCCCAACAACUUGAACAACUCGGGGAGCUCUUCAAACUCCAGCCUGUCCGCAAGGAGCCUGGAGAGCCCCAGCCAGUCGUGCGAGGCGGUGCACCGUGGCCAGCCGGCGGGAGGGGGCGACGGGGGUGGUCCCCCGGCCCCCCUGGACGACUCCGACCUGGAGUGCGACACUGAGCCCCCCAAAUGGCAGGACAGGGUGCCGCUGGACGAGCGGCGCCUGCUCAAGCCCAAGGAAAUGAAGAGACAAGAUGUCAUCAACGAGCUGUUCCAUACGGAGCGUACGCACGUGCGUAACCUGAAGAUCUUGAUGCGCCUGUUCCACCAACCUCUACGACUACAGCAAGAGCCAGUGCUGGGCGUAGAGCUGCUUGACCUUCUAUUUCCCAACUUGGAGGAACUGUUGGAGAUUCACCAGUCGUUCAACGAAAAGAUGAAGCGCAGGCGUCGACAAGAGCCCCUCGUUGGAGACAUCGGGAAGAUGAUGCUGGACAUGCUGGACGGUGAGUCUGGGGAGAACCUGAAGCGAGCGGUGGCCACCUUCUGCAAGAACCAGUCAAUUGCCCUGGAGAGCCUCAAGAGCAAGCAGAAGAAGGACCAGAAGCUCGCCCAGUUCCUGGCGGAGAGGGAGAUGGACCCGUUGUGUCGCCGUCUGCAACUCAAGGACAUGGUGGCCACGGUCUUCCAGCGCCUGACCAAGUACCCGCUUCUGCUGGAGAAUGUGGCCAAGCACACCGCAGCGGCGUCCGAAGAGCACGCCCGACUCAUGCGUGCACUGGAGUGCAGCAAGCGCAUUCUGGCUCACGUGAACCAGGCGGUCAGGGAGGCCGAGAACCAGCACCGACUGGCCGAGCUGCAGCGCCGCCUCGACAAGAGCGCCUUCGACAAAGUCGAGCAUCCCGUCAGCCAAGCAUUCAAGAACCUGGACCUGCGGCAGCAUCGCCUUCUCUAUGAGGGUCCCCUGGUGUGGCGCCUGCCGAGGCAGAAGGCCAUUGAGGUGCAGCUGCUGCUCCUGGAGGACAUGCUGGUCCUGCUCCAGCGCCAGGACGAGCGCCUGCUGCUGCGCUUCCACGCGGUGCACCUCCCGACGGCCCGCGAAGAUGCCAAGCUCACCCAUUGCCCCGUGCUGACGCUGCAGAAUGUGUUCACGCGCGACGUGGCCACAGACUGCAAGGCCUUCUUUCUCGUCUCCACCGCCGAACAGCAUGCCAUGUACGAGUUUGCCGCCGCCUCCGCCAAAGAGAAGAUGAACUGGCUUCACCACAUCAACGAGGCCCUGAGGCCCCACAACCGCCAGCAGUCGCAGCAGAAGCGCUCGGAGCGCAUGGGGUCAACGGAGGAACCCCCCGUGGACAGCACGCUAGAAGACAAGAUCAUUGCUGUCCACCCAAUUGACUCUCAAAAGACCACCCCCGAAUCAGCACCCCAGGAGGACCACGCCGAAGAAGAAGUUUCUGCGAGCACUGCAGCUCCCCAUGAAGAAGAAGCUGCAGCCAAGGAACCCCCGGCAGAGACUGCCCAGCCAGACAUGAACGCAGAGGAGCCGAGCAGAGACGGGGGCGAACCCCCCGUGCCGGUUGCCGGACCGGCCCGCAUCGAGGCGAGCCAGGUGGCGCAGGGGCUAAGCCUGGUCGACUUCCAAGAGGUGGUGGUGCGACCCAGCGCCCCCUUCGAGACAGCCGAACCCGUGCUCACACCCGUCGAGCGGUUGCGUAGGAAGGACCAAGAAAUCCUGACUGCUCUCGCGGACAAGCAAGAUUUAAUGGCCGAAAUCUUGAGAAUACCGAAGGAUGAUUUUGAGAACAUCGCAGAAAUCUCGGAGGAGAUGAACAGUGAGAAGGGGGUCAUGGAGCUGCUCCUGCAGAUCACCUAUCAUGCCAACCGACUGCCAAAACUUGUCAAUGAGGCCAUGAACAUCAGGGAAGAGGACAGGGUUGCUGCUGCAAGUGUGGAAGUGGUUGCAGACGACUGUCCAGCUGCCCCCUCGCCCAAACUAGUACGGAGAGCGGUACCUCCCAGCGUCACCACAGAUAAGCUGCUGUCUGUCGCCACCCCACUCAUCCGCUACCUGAGCCUGCUGGCACCGUGCAUCUCCGAGCUGGAGCAGGAGCGCCAACAACUGCGCCAGGAGCUGAGCCGGCUUCGUGAGGUGGGCGCCCAGCAGCAACUGCUCCUCGGGUCCCUGCCCCUACCGCCCUCCGCCUCCGGGGAGGGCUCCUCCCGCCCCUGCAGCUUUGUGUCCGUGGCCUCUUCCGAGAACCCCGACUGGGAGCAGCUGGGACCCGUCGAGGACCUGGACACCGCCGAGGCCCCGACGACCCCCGUGCCGACCGAAACGACAGUGUCCACCGCACUCGUCGCGGAGCCGGUCUUGGAGCGCGGGCCAACCCCGGAGCCGAUGCGGGAGGCCUGCGUGCAGACCUGCGAGGAGCAGCUCUGCUGCUGCCCGACCACCGACUUGGACGAAGAGGAAGAGCCCGAGCACUCGGAGGCCGCCCCGGCGCGGGACGACAGGCCCCCGCCCGAGGAGGAAGCGGAGGCGUCGGACGCCAGCGUGCCUAACGCAGUGUACUUCUAGUGCCCUGCGGCUCUUUGUAAAUGCACCUGUACAUACGGAUGCCCGAUCGAGCGUUCUAUGUCGCGCCGACCUUCCUCGAGAGAACCCGAGCCGCAUGUCGACCCCGACGGUCAUCUCUCUCUCUCUCUUUCUCUUUCGUGCCACUUUAGCCGAGGGUCGCGCUCGCAGACACUGCAGGUCGAUCCGCGCUGUUGCCCGUCCAUCGAGGGCGGGAAGCCUUUCCCUUCCACAGAGAGGGCCGUGAGAGGGUGCAAGGUGAUGCCCCUCGAGAGAGGCGAAGGCGGGCGCCGGGAACCAGGCAGAAAUGAUUGAGGCAGAAUUCCCCGCAGAAAACUCGGUGUCUUCGGAACAAAAAGAGGAAAGCGCCCCUCGAGGAUUAUGUAAAUAUGCAGACGUGGUGCCCGUGUAUAUUGCCUUCUUUUUAUAGUGUCUCUCACAAAUAAUUGUUGUAUUUAUAACUGCACACAGUUGCCUGAUGAUUGUGGGGGAAGUUCUCCAUUGUUCCUCCUCGUCUUUUUUUUUUUUAUUUUAUUUUAAGAGCCCAGACGUUUGGCUUAAAGGAGAAGGUCGUGCGGGAGAGGCCGCCGCGAGCUGAACUGGGUGCGCGCCGUGCGACCGCCUUGGGUUGUCCGGCGAGGCGCAGCCAAACAGCAAUUCAACUUUACAAUUUCCUCGAACCGGUGCGUGCUACCACACGGAACAUGCUCACACGUACAUAUCGCGCCAAAAUAAGACGUCGAAUGGGCCGACUUUCCUCGUUUCCUUGGACCCCUUUACAAGGAUAACUCCGUGGGCCUCGUUUUGCAUUCGGGUAAUUUCGUUAACCCAUGCCGAGCGUUUUGGAGGGUGUUGAGACUACAGUCGGCGCAGCCCCACGAGGCUCGGUUGGUGGCAGCCUCUCGUCCGCACGAGUCUCGGAUAAAGGUGUCUGACAAGUGCUUCUUCUUCUUCACCACGAAAGUCUGGAAGGGUUUUGACAGGCCGGGUCAACGCACCCGCUUGGUUGUUGCUGCCGCGCGUCUCCCGCGCGGGUUGCACGCACCUCCCCCCGGCGUUGGGAACACCCCGGCAGACGUUGGCCUGCCCUUGGGACUCCGCCGUGCCUCCUAGUGUAGAUAACCUCGUGCUUGCCUAGGGACCGAUUAACAAAGCCUUAGGUGUAACCGUGCCUGAUGCAGGGGCGCCAAGGGUGACGGGGGCGACGAAGUGUGCUUGUGUACAUAGGAAAAAAAAGUUUUAUAUGUCAAGACUGUAGUGUGCUCCUAAUUUAAUUGACAGCAAAUAAACGAGUCAGCCUUGUCGUCCCA